GCGCGCGCGCACGCGGCGAUGGCGGCAUCCGGGGAGCAGGCUCCAUGCUCCGUGUACUUCUGCGGGAGCAUCCGCGGCGGGCGCGAGGACCAAGCACUGUAUGCGCGGAUCGUGUCGCGGCUGCGACGCUAUGGGAAGGUGCUCACUGAGCACGUGGCUGAUGCUGAGUUGGAGCCGCUUGGGGAAGAGGCUGCUGGGGGUGACCAGUUCAUCCAUGAGCAGGACCUGAACUGGCUGCAGCAAGCAGAUGUGGUAGUGGCGGAAGUGACACAGCCAUCCUUGGGUGUUGGCUAUGAACUGGGCCGGGCAGUAGCUCUUGGGAAGCCAAUUCUGUGCCUGUUUCGACCACAGUCUGGCCGAGUGCUUUCCGCCAUGAUCCGCGGAGCAGCAGAUGGCUCGAGGUUCCAGGUAUGGGACUACGCAGAGGGAGAAGUGGAGACCAUGCUCGAUCGGUACUUUGAGGCAUAUCUUCCUCAGAAGACGGCUUCCUCCAGUCACCCAAGUGCCUGACCACCCUACUGUAUUAAAAAGAAAAUUAAGAUUUA